CCAUGGUGACGAAUCCAAACCUGAGCCCAUCGGCGCUCUUUUCAAACUUUUUUCCAACCACUUAAAAAACGUCAUCUUCCCGUUCAUCAAACUUUAAAAUUGAAUCCUAAAUAUAUCAUUUGCAAGUACAGUUGUUCUGUCGUUAUGAAUGCGUCCAAACAAGGCACUUACGCGGGUCUAAAUAGUCGUUGGUGAAACUGUCAGACAAAACUGCUUCCUUCCGUCUGAGCCAUGGAAAGCAGCUUGGAGAGGAAAUAUGCUAACUUGAGGAAGCGUCUGGAUCAGCUGGGUUACAGACACCCUCUUGCAAUUGAAUCACUGCCAUUAGUUGAGAAACUAUUCAGUGAUCUGGUCCACACUACUGAAAGCCUGCGCAAUGCAAAACUGUCAGCAGGGCAGAGUGAGAAGGAACUUAACUGUGAGGUCCUUCUGGAGCCAUACAGGGCAGAUAAUGCCCGGCUUGUCAGGGAGAACAAUGAACUCCACCUGGAGCUUCUGAAAGUGAACGAGGAGAAGGACCAUGCCAACAGGGAGCUGAAAACCCGCGUCAGAAAACUGGAACAUGAGAAUUGUGACCUGAAGUUUCUGAACAAUCAAUACAUGCACAAGGUCCGCUGCUUGGAGAAAGACGGCAAAGCCAAAGCUGAGCGCAUCCUGCAGCUCCAGGAGAAGAACUUGCAAGCAGUGGUGCAGACGCCAGGUGGAAGAAAGCGCAGCAUCCCUUUCAGGCGUCAGAGAAUGCAGACAGAUGAGCUCAUUCCUCCUCCCAUGACAUCAGCUUAUCCCGUGCCCCAGCCAGAUGACCCAUACAUAGCCGAUCUCCUGCAGUUAGCCGAUAGAAGGAUUCUUGAGCUGCAGGAAGAAGUCACAAGAAUCCAGUGUGAGCUGGAAGAUUCUCAUGAACGCACACAACUCUUAAAUACUCAAGUGUCCGAGAGGGACAAAGAGAUCGAGCGUCUGAAUCGUUCAUUUCAUGGAGGGCGCGCCCGUGAUGUCAUCUCUUUGGAGGCUCAGAACAUCAGCAAUGAGAAACUGAUUGCGCAACUUAACCUUCAGAUUGAGUACCUGCAAGAGAGCAACAAGAUGCUAGAGCAGAAGGUGGAGGGACUGCAGCAGAAGUCCUCCUCCAAAGUGGCCGACCUCUCCUUAAAGAAUUUUGAGCUGUGUCAGGAGCUGACACACAUCGACGGCCUGGCCAAGAAGAUGGAGAUGGAUAAGGAGCGGGCGUUGGAAAUGGCUGAUCAGGAGUUGCAAAACACGAAAGAAGUCAUUGAAAAUUUGGAGGACAACCUUAAAAAAAUAAGAGGGGAACUUUCUGAGAGGGAAUUUGAGAAAAGUUCUUUGGCUGACCAGCUGGUGGAGCUCAGAGGGCGGAAUGACAAACUGGAGGCAAUGGUGGACUUCAUGGAGGCUGAGAAAAGCAGGCUGCAGGACAAAGUGGAGAAGAUGAUGUCCGCUGAAAGAGACUUGGUGUUGGAGUUAGAGGCUAUGCGAGCCAAACAUGGCAUUUGUGGACGAGAUCGCUCCCCGUCACGCCUGGAUGCCUUUGUGAAGAGUCUAGAGGAGGAGAGGGAUCACUAUCGCCAGGAAGCUGAACGCUGCAGGAAAUUCCAAGGGGCCAGCAGCCCCAGUCGCGGGAGUCCAAGCCAGAGCAGGAGUCCUGGGCGCAAGGUAAUCAGGGGAGGCGUUGCAGAGUCUGAGUUUCUUGCUUUGGUGAAGGAAAGAGAUGAGCUGAAGGCAGCUCUGCUGGACGUGGAGAAGCACACUGAGGACAUCCAGACAAAAGUGAAAGCCCUCAGCGCUGAAAGAGACCACUUCAAAAUGAUGUUUUAUCAGACACAAGAGCAGCUGGAGGAUGCCCGUGUAAGCUCAAGCACAUCUGAUGACAUCUUGAACUUGAGAGAGGAGCUGAGACUGGCAGAAAAUAAAAUCAUGCAGGUUAAGGCGGAAAGAGACUUACUGAUGGAGGAAUUUAAGGUUGGACAGACUUCCGCUCUUCCAGAAGGACAUGGACAGGAAAAGAGAAUUCUUGACCUGCAGGAUGUCCUUCACAGUCUGGAGAAGGAGAACCUGGAGCUGCGUUCACAGCUCUUUGCGCUAAAAGACUGCAAGCGGGACGUGGAGCAGCAGUUGGAUGUUCAGUCUGCUGCCUUGCUUCAGAACGUGGAGGAGGCGGCACACCAGAGGAAAGCAGCUUUGGCUCUCAGGCUACAGCAGGAGCAGACGCAACAGUCACUUUACGAUCUCCAAAAAGCGCUGUCUGUGAAGACCAACGAGCUGCAUGCUGCUCAUGAGGAGAUGGAAACACUGGAGGAGACAAUAGGGGAGCUGACUCAGCAGGUCUCCAAGUACAAGAAGGAAGCGGAGGUUCUUCAGAUGUCUUUUGCCGCACUGGAUAAGGACAAAGACGCUCUGCAGGAUGAGGUGGAUGAAAAGACAGAGAAGCUGGUUGUUCUUCAGGAGGAGCUUGCAAAGAAGGAAAAAACGCUUGAAGAUGUGAGGCUCACGGUCAGCGUAAUGGACAAAUCUCUGGCUCAGCUGCAGGGGGCGCUAAACGGCCGUGAGAGGGAGCUCGCCAGUCUGAGGAAACAGCUGGAUGAAGCUCAGCUGGAGCUGGCAGGACUUCAAAACAGCAAAGAAGUCUUAGUCAGAGAAAACAAGAGCCUUCGAGACGACUUGUCCACGAUGACAAGAGAGAAUCAGACUGUCCACGUGGAGAUGGCGGAGGCUUUACGAGAGCGGGAUGAGCUAAAGCUGAGAGUCCACUCUUACAUCACUACGGUAUCCAGGGUUGAGAACCUCUUGAAGACAAAGGAGCAGGAGAAUCUGGACCUGCUGGAGGGCUUCCGCACAGCCCACAGUGACAUGGAGGAAAAGGAGCAGAGGCUGCAGCAGAUCGAGGACCUUAAGGACGCCAUCCGCCUGAAGCUUCUCUCUUCCGACACGGAACGCAGGCACCUCCACGAAGCCGUCAGCCACAAGGAGCUAGAGAUCCAGCAGCAUGUACAGGCCCUGCAGGCGUACGAGGCACAGGUGUCGACACUCACUCGAGGGAUGUCCCGCCUUGAGGAGGAGUUACGCAAAGCUCAGGAGGAGAAAGCCGGUCUCGUCUCCGACCUGGCCACUGUUAGGGAGCUCUGCGUUAAACUGGACUCGGGCAAGCAACUCACAGCUCGCCAGGUCACAUCCAAGAGCAUGGAGCUCGAGAGGGUUGAAGGAGAACUGGAAGACGUUCGGUCGGAGGCGGAGCUGCUGAAAAAGCAGUUGGCGAGCGAGAGGUUGAUCGUCCGCAACUUGGAGACGCUGCUCUCCAACAAUCGCCAAAAGGAGGUCCAAAUCCACCUGACGGCCAGCGAGAAGGAGUCCGAGCUGAAAGUCCUGCGCGAUAGGCUCACCCUGGCCGACAACAAGAACGCCGAGCAUUCGAGGGAGGUGUCCAAGCUCCGUGGUAAAGUCUCUCAGCUGCAGACAGAGAUGGAUGUGCUCAACAGACAGCUGACCUCGGAGCGCUUUGAGCGCGAGAGGGCCAUUCAGGAGAUGCGCCGACAAGGCAUGUCUUUCUCUCCCUUGCGGUGCUCAUUGUCUCUCAACGCCUCCACCAGCUCCCAGCACACGUCCCUGAACAGCUCCAGUGACAAGUCUGCCAAUUAGAUGUGGUGGCAUAGUUUUUAUGUUAGUCAUUUCCUGUUGAUGUGGAAUAGCACUAUGAACCUUGACAUGUUGUAACUUGUAUUUAUUGAGCCAUUAGAAUUAUGCUGCAUAUUAUGUGGUUUAAUGUACAUUGUGUCAAUGCAACAUUGAUGAUUGUUUUUAUAUGUGAGAAUGUUUACUUUUAUUGAAUAAAUAUCAGCCUGUUUGUUAUACACUUUACACUAAAAUGGACAGAUAAAAUAGUGAGUGAAUUAUACAUG